AGGGAGAACCGACUUGAAUGCUCAAUGGGAUGUUUACAACAGUAAACUGCAGGUGCGCAGCGCCAUUCCAGUGUAAACACCUCAAAGGGCUUGAAAGGUACCAUUGGUGGUGUGUGUGUGUGUUGCUCAAACAAGUCUUGGUGAAGUCAACAUGCUUGGUGAGGCCUGUAGCUCCUACCAGGAUUCCUGGCAGAUACCUCGCUCAUCAAAAGGGUCUACCUCCACUGCCAGUGCCGCCUCUCAAACAAACCUUAGCACGCUAUCUCCUGGCUUUGGAGCCCAUCACGAGCGAAGAGGAGCUGGAAAACACUAGACAGAUAGUGGAGGAGUUCAGCAAACCGGGGGGCGCAGGAGAGAGGCUUCAAGCGAGCUUGGAAAGACGAGCGAAGAAGACUGAAAACUGGCUCUCUGACUGGUGGCUGAAGACGGCCUAUCUGGAUUACAGGCUCCCCGUAGUGAUCAGCUCCAGCCCCGGAGUGGUGUUGCCAAAACAAGACUAUCAUGACCGCCAAGGGCAGCUCAGAUUUGCUGCCAAGUUGAUUUCUGGUGUUCUGAAUUUUAAAACCAUGAUCGACCAUGAGACUAUUCCUGUUCAGUAUAUGAACGGGAAGCCACUCUGCAUGAACCAGUUUUACCAGGUCCUCUCGUCCUGUCGCAUUCCCGGAUCUAAACGGGAUUCUGUCGUCAACUACUCUAAGACUAAAAAGCCAACGCACAUAACAGUGGUGCACAAUUUCCAGUUCUUUGAGCUUGACGUGUAUAACAGUAACGGCAGCCCCCUGACUGUGGACCAGAUCUACAUUCAGUUAGAGAAGAUCUGGAACUCUUCGCUUCAGACUAACAAGGAGCCAAUUGGAAUCCUUACCACUGGCCACCGAAAUACCUGGGCAAAAGCUUACAACACGCUUACUAAAGAUAAGGUUAACAAGGAGUCUGUGAAGCGUAUACAGAGGAGUAUCUUCACGGUGUGUCUGGAUGCCCCAGUGCCCAAGGUAUCCGAUGAGCUGUACCUGAGCCACGUGGCAGGUCAGAUGCUUCACGGUGGAGGCAGCCGAUGGAACAGUGGCAACAGAUGGUUCGACAAAACCCUACAGUUUAUUAUUGGUGAAGACGGCUCCUGUGGCCUGGUUUACGAACACUCUCCAGCCGAAGGACCGCCGAUUGUCACUAUGUUGGACCAUGUGGUUGAGUAUUGCAAGACCUCCGAGAUGGUUCGAUCACCAAUGAUUCCGUUGUCGAUGCCAGAAAAGUUACGUUUCAACAUCACGCCAGAGAUCAAGAUGGACAUUGAGAAAGCAAAGCAGCACCUCAACAUGAUGGUGCGUGACAUGGACAUCAAAUGCUUCACCUUUCAGCGAUUUGGAAAAAAUUUCCCAAAGUCACAGAACAUCAGCCCGGACGCCUUCAUCCAGAUAGCACUGCAGUUAGCCUAUUACAGGAUCUAUAGCCAAGUGUGCUCCACAUACGAGAGUGCCUCCCUGAGGAUGUUCCAUUUCGGCCGCACAGACACCAUCCGCUCAGCCUCUGUCAGCUCUUCGGCCUUCGUCCAGGCUAUGGACGACACACAACAUCAGAACCAAGAGAAGGAGACCUUACUGAGAGCGGCUGUUGAGGGUCACAAAGCCUACACGAACAUGGCAAUAAAUGGCCAAGCGAUCGACAGACACCUGCUGGGCCUGAAGCUUCUCGCUAUAGAAGAUCUGGUCCGAGUGCCUGAGAUUUUCAUGGAUACAUCCUACGCCAUCGCUUUCCACUUUAAUUUAUCAACCAGUCAGGUACCCGCUAAGACCAACUGCCUAAUGUGCUUCGGUCCAACGGUGCCCGACGGUUACGGAGUCUGCUACAACCCCCUGGAGCAGCACAUCAACUUCUCCGUAUCAGCCUUCAAUAGCUGCGCUGAGACCAACGCCGCCAAGUUAGCUCACUACCUGGAAAGUGCUUUAGUGGAUAUGAGAGACCUGCUGCUGCAGACCCCCAAGGCAAAGCUCUGAGUCGUGCUGUACCUGGGGAUGACAGGAUUAGCGUGCAGCACAGGCAGCUGAUGAAAUUUCAGCCAUGUUUGGAGUAUUGUUUGCUCUCUUUUGAUUAACACUGUAAACACAGCCUUUUUAUAUCGGUGGGGGUGGUUGAAGAAGAAUUGUAGCUGUUCAGCUGCCUGUAGAGCACAGCAUUGCUAGGAUUACAACUACUUUUUUUUAAAAAAAGAAACUUUGUGUGUUUAGUUUUUUCUAACGCCUUGGGACAUCCUCCUGACGUUAAAGGCACUAUAUAAAUGCAAUUUGUUGUUGUAAAUCAUAAAAUAAAAGCUAAUGUGCGAGGGGAGAAGGCUGAUGUAGGGGGAGGGAAACCAAUGUGCCAGGAGGUGAUUUAAUUCAGCGUUUUGAUUUUGCUAGGUUUGGACUAGUUAGCCAAGGAGACUGAAGAAUCAAAUCAAAGGUAUGUUAAUGUAAUGUACGGCGUAAAUCAUGCUGUCACUGUCUCCAAACCAGUGGCACAUUUCACAGGCAGCCAUCUGUCUGUGAUGGCAGGAAGAUAACAGUCAAUGACCAUUAUCAGCUGCUCCUGCAGAUAGGUGGGCUCAAGGUAUUUUGUAUUAUUAUUAUUUAGAAACCGCUUAAGCCUCUAUAUUUUACAGUUAUUCUAUAGGAUAAUCUAUUAUAUGAACACUAGUAAUUGUAAUCUGUUGAGCGUGCUCCACUGUACCAAAGCUCUUUAUUUUACACAUUUCCCUCUAAUCCUAUUUUCCCAUCUUUUCUUCAUCUUGCUUAAUGGCAUUGCUUCUCAGGUGUCCAGCUUUGCUUGUUCACUCAUUUUAUUCUGUAUCUACAGCCUUCUGUUGAAUUGUACCUUCUCACAACCCUUUGUAGGAAGGGAUGUUUUCUGGACUCACUUAAAUUCUAGAUUCGCUUUGCAGAAUGCAGGUUAGACUGUAGCCCUGAGGAGUGAAUCUGUGGCUCAAUAAGUAAAGUAUUUGGUUCCGUAUCGACUCCCAUAAAUACAGAGGGAGAAGGAAAUGUACAGUAUUAACAGAAAGGAGGUUAAUAUUCACACGUUACCCCAAGCAUCCGUGCCUUUUAGUUUAAGUAAUGUUUCAGGGAUGAGUAACAACAAAAUAAUUUGCUUUGGGACAAAUAUUUUCUGCUUACUCACUUCAUCGUUGAGAUGAUAGCAACUGCCUGUAUCUCUCCCGAGAGAGCAAUGCUUAGUAUCUCUGGGAUAUUAUAUUAAAGUACAGUAUAUUUUCUCCCUCAGUGUCCCUUCAUCCAGGUUAGUGGUUUGGAGCUACAAUUGGUUAUACCGCCCUUGAGUUGAGGGGAAAAUCAGCCACAGUUUGCGCUCCUAAUCAUGAUUCAGAAAUAAGGACACUUGGCAAGUUCCUGCCAAUGCCUAUGAAACCACCCUCGUAAAAGGAAUCAAAUGCCUUGAUAGAGAACAAUAAUUUUCUUGGCUCCUCUCCCUUCUCUUUCCCACCCCCAGCAAGGAUUCUUUUUUAGUUGUAAGAUGUCAGAGUAACAUAUGUUGCAUCAGACACUGUGCAGCGUUUGAUUGUACUGUGAUGUAUUAAGUGUAUUUUAUACAUCAUAUGGUGGUUUGAAUAUUGUAACCGAAGGUUUACUGUAAAUAUUUCAAAAUGGUAUUAAAAUUCUUAAUAUA